AUGAUUGAACCCGUCACGAAGGAGAAGAUCCGCAUCUGCAAAGGCAGGGCGGUCAAGGAGGAGCUGCUCAAGUCCAUCGCGGAAGACCAACUGCCGGUCGAUUAUGGCGGCACAGGGGUCAAGUUGGGGCUGUCGGCGGAGGAAGUAGCGCUGGCCAAGCACGUGGACGAUAUCAUGGAGAAAUCAGGCAAAUACCUCCACGGAUCCCAAGAACCUCCAUUCUAG